UUCUCUUUUGAACUUAUUUUUUGGGAGGGGAGGGUUGCUCUGGGCAUCGCUCUGCCCAGUAGUUGGAAAGGGCACUGGACUCGGGAUGGUUCUCCUGUCACUUUGGUUGAUAGCAGCCGCUCUGGUAGAGGUUAGGACUUCGACUGAUGGACAAGCUGGUCCUGAAGAAAUGGUGCACAUAGAUUUACCAAUAAAGAGACAUAGAGAGUAUGAGCUGGUGACUCCAGUCAGCACAAACCUAGAAGGACACUAUCUCUCCCAUAUUCUUUCUGCAAAUCACAAAAAGAGGUCAACGAGGGAUGUAUCUUCCAACCCUGAGCAAUUGUUCUUUAACAUCUCAGCAUUUGGAAGAGAUUUUCAUCUGCGACUGAAGCCCAACACUCAGCUGAUAGCUCCUGGAGCUCUUGUGGAAUGGCAUGAGGCAUCUCUGGUGCCAGGGAAUACAUCUGACCCCACUCAUGACCAUCAAGCAGGGAGUGCUUCAGAAAGAAUCUGGAAAACAGAACCCUUGCAGACUAACUGUGCUUACGUUGGUGAUAUCAUGGACAUUCCAGGAACCUCUGUUGCCAUUAGCAACUGUGAUGGUCUGGCUGGAAUGAUCAAAAGUGAUAAUGAGGAGUAUUUCAUUGAACCCUUGGAAAGAGGUAAGCAGAUGGAGGAAGAGAAAGGAAGAAUUCAUGUCGUCUACAAGCGAUCAGCUGUGGAACGCGCUCCCGGAGACAGGUCCGCCAACUUCCGCUACAGAGAGUCCGAUGUGGAAGGCCUUGAUGAUCUAGGUACAAUUUACAGCAACAUUGGCCAACAGCUCAACGAAACAAUGAGGCGCCGCAGGCACGCGGGGGAAAGCGAUUACAACAUCGAGGUGCUGCUGGGAGUGGAUGACUCUGUGGUCCGUUUCCAUGGCAAAGAACACGUCCAAAACUACCUCCUCACCCUGAUGAACAUUGUGAAUGAAAUUUACCAUGAUGAAUCCCUUGGAGUGCAUAUAAAUGUGGUCCUGGUACGCAUGAUAAUGCUGGGCUAUGCAAAGUCCAUCAGCCUCAUAGAAAGGGGAAACCCAUCCAGGAGCUUGGAGAACGUAUGUCGCUGGGCCUGCCAACAACAAAAAUCUGAUCCCAACCACUCUGAGCACCACGAUCAUGCAAUUUUCUUAACAAGACAGGAUUUUGGGCCAGCCGGAAUGCAAGGCUAUGCUCCGGUCACAGGCAUGUGUCAUCCCGUGAGAAGCUGCACUCUGAAUCAUGAGGAUGGGUUUUCAUCUGCCUUUGUAGUUGCCCAUGAAACUGGCCAUGUGUUGGGCAUGGAGCACGACGGACAAGGCAACAGGUGUGGGGACGAGACUGCGAUGGGCAGCGUCAUGGCUCCAUUGGUGCAAGCGGCCUUUCAUCGUUACCACUGGUCCCGAUGCAGUGGUCAGGAGUUGAAAAGAUACAUCCACUCCUAUGACUGUCUCCUUGAUGACCCUUUUGAACAUGAUUGGCCCAAGCUUCCCGAACUUCCCGGAAUCAAUUAUUCUAUGGAUGAGCAAUGCCGUUUUGAUUUUGGUGUCGGUUAUAAAAUGUGCACAGCGUUCCGAACAUUUGACCCAUGUAAGCAGCUGUGGUGUAGCCAUCCUGAUAACCCUUACUUCUGUAAGACUAAAAAGGGACCCCCGCUUGAUGGAACAGAAUGUUCUGCUGGAAAAUGGUGCUAUAAGGGUCAUUGCAUGUGGAAGAAUGCCAAUCAACAAAAACAAGAUGGUAACUGGGGGUCGUGGACCAAAUUUGGCUCCUGUUCCCGGACGUGUGGAACUGGAGCUCGUUUUAGAACACGCCAGUGCAAUAAUCCCAUGCCCAUCAAUGGCGGCCAAGAUUGUCCUGGUGUUAAUUUUGAGUACCAGCUUUGUAACACAGAAGAAUGCCAGAAACACUUCGAGGACUUCAGAGCCCAGCAGUGCCAGCAGCGAAACUCCCACUUUGAAUUCCAGAAUAACAGGCAUCACUGGUUGCCCUACGAGCACCCUGAUGCCAAGAAAAGAUGCCACCUUUACUGCCAAUCCAGAGAGACUGGAGAUGUCGCUUAUAUGAAACAGCUGGUGCACGAUGGGACGCGCUGUUCCUACAAAGACCCGUACAGCAUCUGUGUGCGAGGAGAGUGUGUGAAAGUGGGCUGCGAUAAAGAGAUCGGCUCCAACAAGGUUGAGGAUAAGUGUGGCGUCUGUGGAGGCGACAACUCCCACUGCCGGACUGUGAAGGGCACCUUCACCAGGACCCCCAGGAAGCUUGGGAAGACGAGAGGCGCUUUCACUUUGCCUAAAGGAGCUCGUAACAUUUCUCUUGCCGAAACAAGAGAAGCUAGAAAUAUGUUGGCUAUUAAGAACCAGGCUACCGGCCAUUACAUUCUAAAUGGCAGAGGGGAGGAAGCCAAGUCCCGGACCUUCAUCGACCUUGGUGUGGAGUGGGAGUACAACAUUGAGGGUGACACUGAGACGCUUCACACGGACGGGCCCCUGCACGAGCCUGUGAUUGUUCUGAUCAUACCUCAGGAGAACGAUACUCGCUCGAGCCUCACCUAUAAAUACAUCAUUCACGAAGACUCUGUACCUACAAUCAACAGCAACAAUGUCAUCCAGGAAGAACUAGACACUUUUGAGUGGGCUUUGAAGAGCUGGUCUCAGUGUUCCAAACCCUGUGGCGGAGGUUUUCAGUACACUAAAUACGGCUGCCGCAGGAAAAGUGAUAAUAAAAUGGUUCAUCGAAGUUUCUGUGAAGCCAACAAGAAGCCGAAGCCUAUUAGACGUAUAUGCAACAUCCAGGAGUGUACACAUCCACUCUGGGUAGCAGAGGCGUGGGAACACUGCACCAAAACCUGCGGGAGUUCGGGCUAUCAACUCCGCACCGUGCGCUGCCUGCAGCCGCUCCAGGAUGGCACCAACCGCUCUGUGCACAGCAAAUUCUGUGUAGGGGACCGUCCCGAGAGCCGCCGGCCCUGUAACAGAGUGCCGUGUCCGGCCCAGUGGAAGACAGGACCAUGGAAUGAGUGCUCAGUCACCUGCGGGGAAGGGACGGAGGUGAGACAGGUCAUCUGCAGGGCCGCGGACCACUGUGACGGUGCCAAGCCCGAGUCGGUCAGACCCUGUCAGCUGCCUCCCUGUAACGAUGAGCCAUGCUUGGGAGACAAGUCCAUAUUCUGUCAAAUGGAGGUUCUGGCUCGGUACUGCUCCAUACCAGGUUACAACAAGCUAUGCUGCGAGUCCUGUAGCAAGCGUAGCAGCACCCUGCCCCCACCGUACCUUCUGGAAGCUGCAGAAACUGGAGAGGAUACUAUCUUGAGUCCUAGUGACCUCCCUCCACCUCUAGCGAUGCCCACAUCUUUGGUUCCUUACUAUUCAGAGAAAAGGUCUUUGACUGGCUCCUCUUUCGUGGGUAGUCCAAACAUCUAUGCUGCUUUCAGGCCAAGCAGGAAACCUGACAGUACUCACUCAGCCCAGAAGAGAGCUCAGGCAGCAGGAAGGGAGCUGCUGAGGCUGGGCACAGGGCCGUCGUCUUCCCCCACCCCUAGCGGCCCCCUCACUUCCGCCUCACAGUUGGCUCCUGAUCCUCUCAUCGCAGUCAGUAAUUCAAUAGGUGCUUCAUCUCAGUCAAGAACCUCAAAGAAACAGGAAAAGAUGGUGAAUAAGAGACAUCCCGUGAAACCAUCCAACUUAGAAAGAUGAGAAAGGGAAGCUGAAAGGCCUGAAGUCAGAGGGAACGCUGGGCCACCUCCCUCUUGCCAUGGUGCAUACAGCUUGCCGAGCAUGAAGUCUCCGUCAGCCAUCAACUCAGUUCAUCUCCAAAUGGAAGAACAAAAGUGCUGGUUCACUUUGGAGCUGCUUUCAUCCGCCUCUUGUUCUGCCUUGUUUACCAGGAGUCCUUGGAAGAAAGCACCAAAGAUUAUCCACAGAAGGAAAGUUGUGAAGUAUGUUGGUCAUUCUCUAGAGCAGAAAAGGGACCCAAACCAUUUGUGCAUACCAGCUGAUUUUCUGUUUAAAAAAAAGGUUACGGUGAAAAUAAAGAGAUGCCACGGUUUACACUUUAACCAGAAAUUUUGGAAAUGGAGCAAAGAAUUCUUAGACUUGUAUUCCUAUUUAUCUAUAUUAGAAAUAUUGUAUGGGCAAAUUUGCAGCUGUUGUGUAAAUACUGUAUAUUGCAGAAAUCAGUAUUAUUUUAAGAGAUGUGUUCUCAAAUGAUUGUUUACUAUAUUACAUUUCUGGAUGUUCUAGGUGCCUGUCAUUGAGUAUUGCCUUAUUUGACAUUCCAUAGGUUGAUUUUCAAAGCAGAAUGUUAUGAAACAGUUAGAAUUAUAGUUACUUAUAAUACAAAGGAGUUCAUUGUAUGGUUUCGUUGAAUCAACAAUAUGAUACCUAAAUUAUAGGGUUUUUUUUAAAGCUUCAGCUUUAAAGCUAUCAGCUUAUCUAUUUUCUAUCUUUAUUAUUAAAAGGGAUAAAAUUGGCAUCUUGGUGUACUAUUGGCAACAGGGAACAGCUAAGGAACUUGUUCAAGACAAUAGAUGCCAUUGAGGUAUUGUAUGCUCUUAUGGUGUUCUGUUCUUUUCCCUUUGUUGGCAAAUACAGAGUUUUACUCCAUGUACUGUAAUAAUAGAAAGAUGUUUGGGGAUAAUUUGUAAGUUGAUGACUUAGAAAAGAAUCAUUGAACUAGAAUUGACAAACUUAUUGGUGCUUUGGAAGCAGUUUCCAGCAAGCAUUUGUCAAUGGUUAGGAUAUUUAUUUUCUGCAUGGUUCAUAUCCAAAUGUUCAAAACCACAGUGCAUCUGACUGCAAUCAUAUGCUAGUAAUUUAUGUCAGUGAUUACCUUGCUCACAGUGAAGCCAGGAAGCUCUCAGCAGGGAGUAGAUGUAAAGUACUUGUAUAUAGAAUUCAGAACCUAAGAUAUUUAUUAAAAGUUGAAUUUCUUGACAGUAUUUUUAUGUGCAAAAUAUUUACACUAAUAUUGAUGCCAUAUUAUGGUAAACUAGAGAGACUUGUUCUGUUCAUGGAGGAGAAAUUGAAGCAGAGUACCAAAGCUAUCUCCAAGGCCUGAAACGGAUCACAUUUGAGGCUACACAAUUUGAAAAAUAGUUAAUACAAAGUUGAUGACUUGUCCUCCUUCAAGGAAAUAUGAACUUACCUGUUUAAUACAAUAGUAAAUUAGAAAUAUUUUUGAAGUACAGAAAAGAGGUAAAUAUUAUCAAGAUGGUGCUUUUGCAGUCAGUACCUGAACUGUCAAAAAUGAUUAUAAUGGGGAGUCAGAUAUAAAUCUUUUCAAAGCACAGAAUGCGGAAGGACCUUUGUCUUGCCGCCGUUUUAAGCGAUCAGCCGAAGUGAUUGACUAUACCUCUGAAGAAUCGCUGCUACUUUCUGCAAGAAUUUUGAAAGUCAAACAAAUGAGGCAAAUUCAAGGCAGUAAAAACAAUUCCUGAGCCUUAAGUAGAGGUUCUUUUUAACCUACCAAUAUUCCUAGAAUAAAAUUCUCUCUAGUUUACAUGGGUGCGCAUUCCUCUGUUUGCAGGGAAGUGUCAAAAUGUCACACACAUACAACUCCCAUAAAGCUGCGCAUAUUCAUCAUAUUUCCAACCUUUGAGCUUUUCUGCUCAGCUACAUAUUUUUUCCCGUGUUCACUACUGAUGCUGUUGUUGUAUUGGGAGCAUGUAGAAUAAACUCGUUCACAAAGCUG